AUGUUACUUCAUACAUGCAGCCACUGUAACACUUUAAACAUUGUUGACCUGGAUGUACCAGCCUUCGUCGACACUUGGGCCAUCACACACAGCUCUCCCUGCAGUACCACCUGCGGACUGGGCCUCCGUACCCAGGAGCUCUGCCCUUUGGGUGCAGCCAAGGCCAACGGUAGUUCCUGCUGGGUUCGCCAAGUCCAAUGCCUGGACAGCUGGCAGUGUGGCCUGCAGACUCAAACAGUUGCCGUUGGACAGCACCUGGAGUUGGACUGUCUAGAGGAAGUCAUGGAGGUCAUGGGUUAUUUUGCCUUUAUGGUAUCUUGGCGUUUUGCAAGAGGCAUUGUUACCACCGAUAACAGCUUGUUUGUGCGAUACGACGUUCCAGGACUGGACAGGGUGGUACUGGACCCAGUGAGAGAGGAAGACGCUGGGACAUACCGCUGUGACGUACAGGACACAUCCUACCACAGAGUGAAGAGAAUGUAUAAAGGAGUGAAGGUUUUGUCUCCACACGUGUUGAGCUUGAACUUCACUAAGGCUUUGGUUCAGUGGGAGACACCUGGUGGCCUGUGGCCAAAUAUAACUCUGGUCACUGGGAAACUUUCCAGUAAGACCUUUAAAGAGGAACCAGGAAUCUGA